CCACCAACCUGACAUCCCUCACUCCCUGUCUCUUCCGAAAAAUCUUUCUUACCGAAUGUAUCUCUAAAGCGCAAUUCUCUCUACCCGCAAGUCAUUCUCUCAAACCCAGAAGCCAUGUCUACUUCUACUUCGUCCUCUUUGUAUCCUAAUAUUGACAUGAAAGACGUGGCACACAACAACAAGAACGAGGCGGUUUCACCACUGGGUUCAAACUCCGAAGCCCAUGAAGAAAUCUUGAUCAAAAUCCCAGGAUCAAUCGUUCAUUUAAUUGAGAAAGAUCGUAGUGUAGAAUUGGCUUGUGGUGACUUCUUUAUUGUGAGUCUUAAACAGGGUGAAACCACUGUUGCUGUUUUUGCUCGUGUAGAUGAUGAUAUUCGGUGGCCUUUAGCUAGAGAUGAGGCAGCAGUUAAGCUUGAUGAAUCACAUUACUUCUUUACUCUCCGUGUGCCUGAAAAUGAAUCGGAUGGGGGUGAGUUAAAUAAGGGAGAGGUUGAGUUGUUGAAUUAUGGGGUAUCUUUUGCUUCGAAAGGCCAAAAGGGCUUGUUGAAGAAGUUCGAUAAGAUAUUGGAAUCUUAUAGUUUGUUUUCGGUGCAAGAAGUGAAGAAGAGUGGAGGGAAGUCGAAGGUAAUUGAUUGGAAUGUAGCGAAGGAGAUAUCGCCGGAUGACUUAGAGAAGAAUAAAGAAUUGAUGGAGAAGAGUUCUGCUGCGUAUUGGACAGUGUUGGCUCCUAAUGUGGAGGAUUAUAGCUCGUGUAUUGCUAGGACGAUUGCGGCCGGGUCAGGGCAGCUGAUUAGGGGGAUUUUGUGGUGUGGAGAUGUGACAGUGGAUAGGUUGAAGUGGGGCGAUGGGUUCUUCAAGAAAAGGAUUCGUAAGAGUAAGGAUUCAGAUAUUAGUCCAGGGACUUUGAGGAGGAUCAAAAGGGCAAAGAAUUUGACAAAAAUGUCAGAGAAAGUGGCUGUUGGGAUUCUUUCGGGGGUUGUCAAAGUCUCUGGAUCUGUUACAAGUCCAAUUGUGAACUCUAAAGCGGGCAAGAAAUUUUUUAGCCUAUUGCCUGGUGAAGUUAUUCUUGCUUCCUUGGAUGGAUUUAUCAAGGUGUGUGAUGCUAUUGAAGUUGCUGGAAAGAAUGUCUUGUCAACCUCAUCAGCUGUCACAACUGGACUUGUCUCACACAGAUAUGGAGAAGAUGCUGCAGAGGUAACACACGAAGGGCUUGAUGCUGCAGGACAUGCUAUUGGCACUGCUUGGGUUGUGUUUAAGAUAAGAAGGGCUCUUAAUCCGAAGAGUUUCUUCAAAGCAACAACUCUUGUAAAAGAUACUGCAAAGGCAAAUGCGGCUAAAAUGAAGGCUAGUAAAAACAAGAAGUAAAAGACUAAAGUCAACUGGUCUUGUUAGGUUUUAUUUUAUUUUAUUUUUUUAGUCUGUUUAUGGGAACAAGGGUUAGGAAAUACCAUGAGGCUUCUUUUGGCCUGUAGAAUUUUUUAAGGCUAGGGGUUCGUUGGUAGUUUGUCAGGGAAUGCAAAUCUGUAGUUGUAUGUUUGAUUUUGUUCACUUACCUAAUGGAUGAUUCAAGGAAUCGAGUUUGUGCU